CGGCCCCGCGGACGGGCGGAACUCGCCUUCCGCAGGGUCCCGUUUCCGGUGGGUCCCUUCCGGCAGCCGGCGUCGCCAUGGCGCUGCCGGUCGCACCGCUGCUGGCCAUCUCGGCCGGCUUUGGGCUGUGGCUGCUCUGGGCUUGGGCCUGGGCCUGGGGCUGCUCCGGGUGGACGCGGGGUGUGGGCGGGGAGCUGGGACGGGAGGGGUCCGGGAGGAGGGCCCUGCUGGUGACGGCGCACCCGGACGACGAGGCCAUGUUCUUUGCCCCCACGCUCCUGGGCCUGACCCGGCUGAGGUACCGGGUCUCCCUGCUCUGCUUCUCUGCAGGCAAUUACUACAAUCAAGGGGAGAUUCGUAAGAGAGAACUUUUGCAGAGCUGUGAUGUUUUGGGGAUUCCACCUUCCAGUGUAACAAUUAUUGACCACAGACACCUCCCGGAUGACCCGAAUGUCCGGUGGAACCCAGAGCUCCUGGCGACCCUUCUCCUGAGGCACAUCAAGGCCAACCACAUUGAUCUGGUGGUGACAUUUGACACUGGCGGGGUGAGCGGUCAUGCCAACCACAUUGCCCUUUAUUCUGCAUUAAGGUUCCUACACUCCAUGGACAAACUGCCCAAAGGGUGCUCAGUCCUUACCUUGGAGUCUGUGAAUGUACUGAGGAAAUACUUGUCCAUAUUGGAUCUGCCCUUCACCUGGCUACAACCCCGGGACAUCCUCUUUGUGCUGACCCCAAAAGAAGCAGAGCAGGCCAAGAAGGCCAUGUUCUGCCACAAGAGUCAGCUCCUCUGGUUCCGGCACCUCUACAUCCUCUUCUCCCGCUACAUGGUCAUCAACUCCCUGAACUUCCUCUAAGGCUGCAGAGAGUCUCGUGCACCCAGGAACCAAGGAGAUGGGGCUCUCCCAAGCCCUGACCCUGAGCCAGAGCCGGAAUUCUCAGUGCCAGGCCCAGCUCCAGAGGCCUGGUGGUCCAUCUCCAACCGCGGGGUCGGUCUACAACAGCUCAUUUCCUGAGGUAGAAGGAGCACGGCUGGUAGCAGACAGCAGAGUCAUCUCCACUGAGUUGUGGGAGGCAAAAAGCAUUUGCCCUUCCCCACACAGCCUGACACUGACUGGGCCAAAAAGCCUGAGCUGGUGGGAACUGGACAGGUCUGAGCCUUCCAGCUCAGUGAUCCUGUGUGAUCCCUAUGGCCUGAUAAUAUGGGAGGGAAAGGACAGAGGGCUGGCUCCUUUUCUUUCUCCAUUAAAGUUUUGAUAUUUUCAAAGUGUUCUUACUAUUUCUUGUGAGACAGCGCAACGAGGGCUGACCUUGGGGGCAGGAAAGCUGGCUCUGUUCCCCACCAGCUGUGUGAGCCUAGGUAAGUCAUUUCUGAGCCUCAGUUUCCUCAUAUGUAAAAUGAGGGUAACAACCCCUGCAGGACCAACCUCACACAGAGACUCAAAUGAGCUCAUCUACACAGAGGAUUUGGCCAACCCUAAAGCGCUGCACAAGUGUCAGAUGUGAUGCGGUCGAGAGCGGUCAGUCUCGAAAUCUGAAGACCUGGGCUCAUGUCCCA